AUGGCCGAGCGCAUGGCCCGACGGUUGCUGCGGAACCGGCUGACGCCCGAUGUUUACACCUACAACAUGCUUCUUAAUGCCUUGGCAAAGGGGGGCAACUGGGCCUCCGCUGAGUUCUGGGUGGACCACAUGCAGCGAACAGCAAGGUGGAAACACAACGAAUUUCCUUUGGACCAGAUAAGCAUGGCCUACUCUGAGGUCUUCCUCGCGCACGUGGAGGCUGGUGACUUGCAGGGUGCGGAGGAGUGGCUCACACAGAUGGUCGGUGAAGGUGUCGAGCCCCAGGCUCGAUGUUACACUGCGCUUGUGCAGAGCUACCUGGAUCACGGAGACUUGGACGAGGCAAGGCGCUGGCUGAGCCGCAUGAGCACGUGGUCGAACCACCGGGCACCUGACAAGCUGGUGGAAGCCGUGGAGCCCGAACGGUUGCUGCAAGAGGCUGCGAGCCCCUAG